GCCCUGGAUCAUCCUCAUGGCCGCAGACACGACGUGGCGGCCGAUGCCAGCCGACCUCUCACUGCCCUGCUCAUGCUUGAUAGGCGAGAGAAGAGUGUGGCAGAGCUGCCCAUUCGCGGUUGAGUCUCGGAGUCAGGCUGAAACCAGUGCAGCGGAACAAGUCCCCGCGAGCGCUGUCCGAACACUGUUCGUGGAUCGGAUAGACACUCGAUCAGGCAGCACGCGGGCGAACGCUGUCCGAGAUGGUGCGGAACUCGCUCCAGCUCUCCCUCCGCCCAGCACCACGAGAUUCGGAAUCGACCGCACUGAAGAGUCCCGUCUCGCCUGGCUAUGGCAGCAGCACGGGUACGAGCUCAUUGAGGGGACCAGGCUUGACGCCAGAAGGCUAUGAAGCUACAUCGACCGGAGAGAAUUUUGAGCAACCUCUGCUAAGCUCACGCGAGCGACUUGGUCCUACGAGAUCAGAACACACAAGCUGCUCGCCACGCAAGAGCGCAAGCGCUGUCAGACAGCUGUCCGUGACGAGUUGGCUCGGCGCAAGGAUGUCAAUCUCCAGCGCAAGCUCAACACGGUCGUCUGCAGAGUAUUAUGCAGACGACAAAGAUACGCCGAGGGGAAGAGGGCAGCCAAGUCUACGCGGUGAUCCCGCGGAGGCCUUGCUACAAGGUCGCACAUACGAUGCAGCGCGUCGACGGUCUACACCCGCGCUUAACAAGAGAUCACGCAAGAUCCUGUUGCUCGCUAUAAAGUGCCUGCUCGUCGCAUUCGGCGUCGCAGGCUUCACUUUCGGUCUACAUCACUAUCAGAAUGACCAUGCCGUUCGUUCGAUGUCACCCUAUCAAGCGUUCACGAGCUGGUAUCAGCUGCAUUGGGCAAGCUCCGAAAAACUAUCAGAUCACCACGAAUCAAGCCAAUCACUGUUUAUCUAUGACGCCAAUUCUGGCCGCUUCAAUCGGCCAACCGUCCUGCCCAUGCACCCAGUGCGCGAGCUGAUCGACAGAGCAAGAAAAGAUUGGAACCAGAAGGUUGCGAGACAGAGCAAGACACUCGAGGAAGCCGUUGAUGAGUAUGUUCGACGCUACAAGAGACGGCCCCCUCGCGGGUUCGACAUCUGGUGGAAGUAUGCAGUCGACAACGAUGUCGUUCUCGUCGACGAAUUUGACAAGAUCUACCGCGAUGUCGAGCCCUACUAUGCGCUCGAUGCUCAUCAGAUCGCAACGAGGCAACGUAUAGCAGUGGAGAGGAUCAACGAGAUCGUGCCCGGUCAAGCCGUUCUUGUCGACAUUGAUCCCGAGCGAAUCAGGCUCAAUGAUAGCAUCCUGCUCGACGAGAUACCAGAGUCUGCGUUCCGAGCAAAAGGCCUGCUUCAUCGUAGCGCAGAAGCCCUGAAGCUUCUGCCUGCGCCCAUCACCUUGCCAAUGAACGAAGAUGAUGCUUACGUCGGCCGUUUGUCAUACGGGCAUCACCAACAUCUCUUGCGUCUCGCGCGUACUGGGCAAUAUGUGCCUAGCAUGCGCGAUGAUGGUUACACACAACACGACGCUUUCGAUGCGCCCGAAGCCGGCCCUGCAAAUUUCACAAGGGAAGCAGCACUCUGUCCACCGGGCUCGGCAAUCUACGAAGCCGGACAGCGCGGAAAAGCGGGUUUCGAGCCAGACAAGGAUCACUUUGACACGCCACCCUUUCACUCGCUCGUCUACGAUAUCAAGAAAGCUUCGGAUCACUGCCACAACCCCGAAGUUCUCUGGUUCGAAGUCAAUCCCUCUCGGUUCUACGACUUCGACUACCUCUCGCCUGUCUUUUCAUGGUCGACGACCGGCGAGAGCACCGAUCUGACUGUUGUGCCCGAGCAGUUUCCUAUCAAUCUCGAUGGAGAUCUACCGUUCGAUCAGAAGCCAGGCACGAGACUCUUCUGGCGAGGCGCAGCCACCGGUGCCUUCUAUCUCGAGAACAACACUGAUUCGUGGUACCUCUCGCCUCGGUACCGACUGCAUCAGAUGGCCCGCAAGCAACGUGGAGAGCGAUCGAUCAUGCGGGAGAUGAGCGACGGCUCUGUCGAUCAGGUCAUCGUAGCGCGCAAAGAUCUCAACGAGCGGUUUUUAAACAUGUCGAUCGUGGGCGGACCCAUCCAGUGCGAGCCAUCCGUUUGCGACCGGUUACAGAAAGAGAUGGGAAAGAAGCCCUAUGUUCCCAUGAGCGAGUUCUGGCAGAACAAGUACGUUCUCGACGUCGAUGGCAACGGCUGGUCGGGCCGGUUCAAGAUGCUCAUGUCCUCCCAAUCUCUCGUCUUCAAAUCCUCCUUCUACGAAGAAUGGUGGCAAGAAAGGUCUCAGCCAUGGGUUCACUUCGUUCCAGUCAGUCCAGACUACAGCGAUAUCUACGAUAUCAUGGCCUUUUUUGAGGGUGGCAUCAAAGGCAGUAGCAAGAAUGAAGAUCUCGCUGCAGAGAUCGCAGCGGCAGGGAGAGACUGGGCCAUGCAUCAUUGGCGACGCGCCGACACAAACGCUUACAUGCUUCGUCUUUUGCUGGAAUGGACGCGAUUGCUUCAUCGAAGCGAAGAGGACAGCUGGGACUAUCAGUGAAUAUGCUUGUUGUUCAUUGUAUCUACAUGUGACAACAGGACUCAUACAUCCA